AUGCCCCGGCACAGGGCGUUCUCCGAGCCCGAGUGCUCGGCCGAAUACUCGGCCGACUACUCGGUGAGCCUCCCGUCCGACCCCGAGCACGGCGUGGGUCGGACCCACGAGGUGACGGUGCGAAGCUCGGGGCCCUGCCUCUGCCUGCCCCGCUUCAUGCGCCUCGCCUUCGCCCCGGAGUCCCUGGAGAACCUCUACCAGACCUACUUCCGACGGCAGCGCCACGAGACCCUGCUGGUGCUGGUGGUCUUCGCCGCCCUCUUCGACUGCUACGUCCUCGGCACGUGCGCCGCGGUCUACGCCGCCGACAAGCUGGCCCCGGCGUUGGCGGCGGCGGCCGGCUUGGCCGCCCACGUGCUGCUCUUCGCCCUCUGCAAGUACCGGCUGCUGCCCGAGCGGGCGGCGCGCCGCUUCCUCCCCUCCGUCCUCUGGGUCCUCAUCUUGGCCCAGAUCUUCUGCUACCUGGGCCUCGACUUCUCCCGCUCGCCCGAGGCCAGCGACACGGUGGGCUGGCAGGCCUUCUUCGUCUUCUCCUUCUUCAUCACGCUGCCGCUGCGCCUGGCGCCCAUCGUGCUCAUCACCGCCGUCUCCUGCGGCAUCCACACGCUGGUGCUCGGCGUCACCGUCGCCCAGCAGCGCCAGGACGCCCUGGAUGAGGGCGCGCUGCUCAGACAGCUCCUGUCCAACGUGGCCAUCUACCUGUGCGCCAUCACGGUGGGCACCAUGUCGUACUACAUGGCCGACCGCAAGCACCGCAAGGCCUUCCUCGAAGCGCGGCAGUCCCUCGAGGUCAAGCUCAACCUGGAGGAGCAGAGCCAGCAGCAGGAGCGGCUGAUGCUCUCCAUCCUGCCCAAGCACGUGGCGGAUGAGAUGCUGAAGGACAUGAAGAAGGACCCGAGCCAGAAGGAGAUGCAGCAGUUCAACACCAUGUACAUGUACCGCCACGAGAAUGUCAGCAUCCUCUUCGCGGACAUCGUGGGCUUCACGCAGCUCUCCUCGUCCUGCAGCGCCCAGGAGCUGGUGAAGCUCCUCAACGAGCUCUUCGCCCGCUUCGACAAGCUGGCAGCCAAAUACCACCAGCUGCGCAUCAAGAUCCUGGGCGACUGCUACUACUGCAUCUGCGGGCUGCCCGACUACCGGGAGGACCACGCCGUCUGCUCCAUCAUGAUGGGGCUCGCCAUGGUGGAGGCCAUUUCCUACGUGCGGGAGAAGACCAAGACGGCGGUGGACAUGCGCGUGGGGGUGCACAGCGGGACGGUGCUGGGCGGCGUGCUGGGCCAGAAGCGCUGGCAGUACGACGUGUGGUCCACCGACGUCACCGUGGCCAACAAGAUGGAGGCAGGAGGCAUCCCAGGGCGCGUGCACAUCUCGCAGAGCACCAUGGACUGCUUGAAGGGCGAGUUCGAGGUGGAGCCGGGCGAGGGGGGCUCUCGCUGCGAGUACCUGAAGGAGAAGGGCAUCGUCACCUACCUCAUCGUGGUGCCCAAGCAGCCCCUGCGCAACGGCAUCAAUGGGGUGAAGCUGUCCCUGACCUCGUCCCACGGUGGCUCCCCGCUGCUCGUCAACACCAAGGAGCGCAACGGCAGCGUCAGCGUGGCCUGCGCCAGCCCCGACGAGUCUGAAGAGCCCGACGCCAGGGCGAGGGGCACCUUGGAGAGCGGGGAGGAGGAUGGAGAGGCGGUGAACCCCUCCUUCCCCAACCCACGGCGCCGGCUGCGGCUGCGGGACCUGGCCGAGCGGGUGAUCGACGCGUCGCAGAACGAGCAGGAGCUCAACAAGCUGCUCAACGAGGCCCUGCUGGAGCGCGAAUCUGUCCAGGCGCUGAAGGGGAAGAGCACCUUCCGGCUCUCCAUGCGCUUCAUCGACCCCGAGAUGGAGACGCGCUACUCGGUGGAGAAGGAGAAGCAGAGCGGGGCUGCCUUCAGUUGCUCCUGCGUCGUCCUCUUCUUCACUGCCUUGGUGGAGGUCUUCAUUGACCCCUGGUUGGUGGCCAACUACGUGACCUUCGUGGUGGGGGAGAUCCUGCUGCUCAUCCUUACCCUCUGCUCGCUGGCAGCCAUCUUCCCCCGGGUCUUCCCCAAAAAGCUUGUGGCCUUCUCCACCUGGAUUGACAGGACUCGCUGGGCACGCAACACCUGGGCCAUGGCUGCUAUCAUCAUCGUCACCAUGGCCGACAUCGUGGACAUGCUCAGCUGCUGGCAGGACUACGGCGGAAUGGGCAACGGGACAGCGGUGCCACCACGGCCGGGCGGCUGCGGGGAGCAGCCCAAGUACUACAGCUACAUCGCCCUGCUGGCCCUGGUGGCCACCAUCAUGCUGGUGCAGGUCAGCCACAUGGUCAAGCUGACCCUCAUGGUGCUGAUCACCGGGGCGGCCGGCACUGUCAACAUCUACGCCUGGGAGCACAUCUUCGACCAGUAUGACCGCCGCCGUGGCCAGCAAAGCGCCAGGUCAUCGCUGGUCCCCUCCAAGUACUCGAUGACGGCCAUGAUCUUCAUCGUGAUGCUCAGCUUCUACUACUUCUCUCGCCACGUGGAGAAGCUGGCCAGGACCCUCUUCCUCUGGAAGAUCGAUGUCCACGACCAGAAGGAGCGGGUCUACGAGAUGCGGCGCUGGAACGAGGCCCUGGUCACCAACAUGCUGCCCGAGCACGUGGCCCGGCACUUCCUGGGCUCCAAGAAGCGUGACGAGGAGCUGUACAGCCAGUCCUACGACGAGAUCGGCGUCAUGUUCGCCUCCCUCCCCAACUUCGCCGACUUCUACACGGAGGAGAGCAUCAACAACGGGGGCAUCGAGUGCCUGCGGUUCCUCAACGAGAUCAUCUCCGACUUUGACGCGCUCCUGGACGAGCCCCAGUUCCGCUGCAUCACCAAAAUCAAAACCAUCGGCAGCACCUACAUGGCCGCUUCUGGAGUGACCCCCGACGCGAACGCCAACGGCUACGGCACCAAGAAGGAGACGCUCUCGGAUAAGGAGCGCUGGCAGCACUUGGCCGAUCUGGCUGACUUCGCCUUAGCCAUGAAGGUGACGCUGAUGAACAUCAACUACCAGUCCUUCAACAACUUCAUGCUCCGCAUAGGCAUGAACAAGGGCGCCGUGCUGGCGGGCGUCAUCGGCGCCCGCAAGCCGCACUACGACAUCUGGGGCAACACGGUGAACGUGGCCAGCAGGAUGGAGUCCACCGGCGUGAUGGGGAACAUACAGGUGGUGGAGGAGACCCACCUCAUCCUGAAGGAGUACGGCUUCCGCUUCGUGCGCCGCGGGGCCAUCUACGUCAAGGGCAAAGGGGAGCUGCUCACCUUCUUCCUCAAGGGCCGGGAGAAGCAAGGCUCCUUCCUCAACGGGUCGUCUGUCACCCUGCCCCAUCAGGUGGUGGACAGCUCCUGA